AAGAGCCACCGUCACCGCGUUCUAUAUUUAAUAGGGCAUCGUUCUGUCGGAGUCGCGCACACACACACACACGUGUGUGUGUAUGACGGGGUUGUGUUUAACGCUGGGUCGAAUCGGCCGGUACUUGGUGCCUCGCCUGGCGUCCAGGGCAACACAGGUUUGUGUUGGAUACCGAUCAGGACAUUGUACGGCCCUGAGCUCCAUAGAACAGCGCCGCUAAAGGACGUUUUAAACGAAAAAUUUAGAAAAAUUUUGAAACAAGCGAUGCCGUGACUGUGGCUGCUUUGUAUAGGAGGUGUCGUGCGGUGAAUAACAACUGAAAAUAAUUGUCGGCAAGAAGAUAAACGAGGAAGUUUGCGCGUUCGGCAGCGGUGCCAACAAAGCAAGAGGAACUCAGAAAAUCAAAGCAGGGACAAUGGAUUGUUUACAAAUCUCUUGAAAUGUACGUUUCUUCUUAAGCAUCAACCAAUUACAGGAACCGUCGCAGGCGUGGGGUUUUUUUGUCCGCCUGCCAACCCAUUUCCUAAAGAUUCUUCAUUUGCUUGAUCUUCCUUCUCGAUUUCACCGAAGAGAAUUUGUCAGGAAGCGCCAGGCUCGCAUCGCUUCCCCCCCCCCCCCCUUGUCUGCUUUCUGAGUUUACUUGAACCGCCUUUUGGAGAUACUUUCCUGAGUUACGAGAAACUUAAAUAUUAAAAAAAAAACGGGGCCAGGAAAAAUAUUGGCCCCAACGGCAACGGUGAAGGGGCGGCCAAUGAGAAUGCAAGGCGGAAGGAAGUACGAGAGACUGUACCAUUAUUAUGCAGGUGAUUAUCCGCCACCCCCACCCCCUCCUCCUCCAGAGGAACCGAGCUACCGAUCGGAAGUGCUAGCUGGGAACUACCCUCCGCCACCGCCGCCACCUCCACCACUCCCCGGUGCCUCUGCCACCCUCCCCGGGAGGGCCAACCCGUGGACUGACAGCAUGCAGGGCACCGCCAAGAAAUCCGGCUAUCGGCCCACCAGCAUCGACAUGGAGAUCGACUCGCUCACCAACAUGCUGGCGGACAUGGAGAGCAACUCUCCCUUCCCAUCGCGCUCGCGACCGACGUAUUCGAACACUCUACCAUCCCCACCUCCGGCCGCCGACUCCACUGCCAACACUUUACCGUCGUCCCGGCCCACCAUGGCUUCCUCCUACACCCAGGCUUCUCCAUCCGUGGCUGCCUCCAAGUCAACCUCGGGGCCGCCCCCCGCCUACUCGAACGGCCGCUCUGCCAGGCCCCAGCCGCAGCCGCAGCCGCAGCCUGUGGCCGCGUCGUACGCCACAGCUCCGGCACGUCCGCCCACCAACGUGCAGGUGCGCGUUGCCCAGCCCAGCCACAGCUACGUGGGCCCGGCCGCUACCGUGUACGCGCCCUCGCCCGCCCGCCAGCCCGAGCCCGCUUACUCUGCUCAGCAGCAGAGGCCAGGAGAGCCACAGGCGACGUACGGGCCCGGCCGGCCCGUGGAAGCACCCUACACUUACCGCCUGCCUCCCAGCCGGCAGGCUGAGGUUCAGCAUCAGCCUCUACAGCAUCAGACACAACAGCAGCAGCAUCAUCCGCCGCCGCCGCAACAACAACAACAGCAGCAGCAGCAGAGGCCGGGAGAAGUGCAGUCUGCCUAUGGGGCGGCGAGGCCAGUGGAUCCUGGCUAUGGAUCGCGGUACGGAGACCAGGGCCAAGGGCACACGGCCAACCGACAGCAAGCCGAGCCGGCAUAUGCCCCGGCGUACAACGCAGGUACGGCUCGAUACCAGGAGCCGGGAUACACGAGCAAUGCAAUGCCGCGCCCACCAGCAGCGCAGAACUACGCACCAAAGCAAGAGCAGGCAUUUCCUUCGGCCCAGCACCAGCAGCAGCAGCAGCGUCCACCCCAGCGUCUCGACUACCAGCAGCAGCCGCCCUCCCACGGGCAAGCACCGGCGGUGGGAUACCCGCCGGGUCAGCACCAGGCUUCAGCCUACUCGCAGGCUCAGGCGCCUGCCUACCACCAGCCCCCGCAGGGGCAGCUCGCCAUGUCGGGGUACACGCCGGGGCAGCACCAGGCAUCGGCGUACGCGCCGGCACAGCUCAAGAAAGCUUACCACUCGGACGACCUGCCACCAUCGGUGCCAGGAUCUGCUCAGCAAACUAGGACUCUACUGGUGCAAGGUGGCGGCGGCGGAGGCGGGGCGCCGACGAUGGGGGUGUCCGGCCUAGAGGACGAGGUGGACCGGCUCACCAAGAAGAUGCUGCACGACAUGAACAACCCGCCGUCCGAGGAGUACUUUGGCAAGUGCGCGCGGUGCGGCGAGAACGUGGUCGGGGACGGCAACGGCUGCACGGCCAUGGAGCAGGUCUUCCACGUCGACUGCUUCACCUGCCUGACGUGCAACGCUCGCCUCCGUGGGCAGCCCUUCUACGCCGUCGAGGGGAAGGCGUACUGCGAGGGAUGCUACAUCAACAUGUUGGAACGCUGCUCGGUGUGCUCCCAGCCCAUCAUGGACCGCAUCCUGCGCGCCACGGGCAAGGCCUACCACCCGCAGUGCUUCACCUGCGUAGUUUGCCGCAAGAGCCUGGACGGCGUGCCCUUCACCGUCGACGCCACCAACCAGAUCCACUGCAUCGAGGACUUCCACAGGAAGUUUGCACCACGCUGCUCGGUGUGCCAGCACCCCAUCAUGCCGGAGCCGGGCCAGGAGGAGACUGUGCGCAUCGUGGCGCUAGACCGCAGCUUCCACGUGCACUGCUACAAGUGUGAGGACUGUGGCCUCGUGCUGUCGUCGGAGAGCGAGGGGCGCGGUUGCUACCCGCUCGACUCGCACAUCCUGUGCCGCAACUGCAACGGUCGCCGCAUCCAGGCCCUGUCUGCCAACAUCACCACCGACCUCUGACCGACCUACGCUCAUUUGCAUGAGCUGCCUCCACAUCGCCCACCUUGCCCGCUCGUCAACCAACCCUUUCCACCGACCAAACCCACCUUCAUGUCUACCCUACCCAACCUAUCCAACCACCGAGCCACUUAUUUCUCCACUGAGCUACCCACCUUCCAACCUACCCAACCACUUACCCACCAACCUACCCAACGACUCACCCAUCUACCCAACCACCCACUCACCUACCAAAUCAUCACACUGCUGACCUACCCACCCUCCCACCUAUUCCACCCGUCCUUACCAACCAACCACCCACCUACCUAACCACCCAUCGACUGGGCAUGUAGCGAGGCAUUCAAAUAGAUUCUUACAUUCGUGACAUGCAUCGAAAUGUGCCACUAGAGGCGCCGCAUCAACCUCGGUGUAAAAAAGGAAUUAAUCGUGAUCCCAAAUUGUGAUGGCGCAUCGAAUUGUUGGGGGCGGAAAGUAGUUUUCGUGAAAUGAACGUGUCGUUUGCGUGAAUCGUACAAAACAAGCGAUUUCUUUUACGUGCGGGUUUCGACGCAACGUAUCGUGAGCAAGAUCUGUAUUAAUCUCAGAAUCGUCGCAAGCCUAUUCUGAAAGCACGACACAAGCACGCAACACAUUUAUCCUACAGGCUGUUGUGUGUUGUUGGCGAGUACCUAUUACGGCUUCCGCAUUGCACAACUCGUUGGUGAGCAUCACCCAACACACAGCCACCUUUGUCUCACCACUCCCCAGCACACGUGUCGGACCGCACAUUGCACCUAGCACUCGUUUUACGUUUGAGUCGACCUAUUUGUAGGCCGGGCCAGAUUGCGAUAUAAAUUUCCAACGGUGUGUACGGGCGGGAUCAUCGUGCUGUGUGUGUGUGUGGUGAACACAUUGACGGCAAUCCUUGAAGGACAUUGGCAACCUUCGACGGCAGUAGUUGCCGCACCACUUUCUAUUGCUGCUUGGGAAGAACUGUCAACGCUAUGCUAUUGCCACACACACACAGAGGCUCCAGUUGCGCAUAGUGAAUGCAUUGGUAGUGAAGAUUACCAGCAACAGUUGCUAUAAAACUGCCCUGGUGUAUCUUUUUUUUUUUCAAUCGGUUCAUCUGUGUACGCUCAUGAAUGCACAAAGAAUUCUGUAGUGGAGAGUCUUCUUUUUUUUUUACUGCGUAACACAACGGCACAACUAGUGUCGUGCUUGAGUCCGUGUCGUCCUCAGCCAUAUAAUGAGAAAUAGGCAAUCAAUUAUGCUACUUCGCCCUGCUAUUUCAAGCAUUCUGUGCCCUCGGAGCACAGGGAUAAUUUUUUUAUUAUUAUCACAAGCUGCGACGUGCCCAGUAGCACGUUACAUUUGCGCGUGUGAAAUCGCAAAAAACGAAUGAUUCAUUCGGUUUAUUGCCACGCGCGCGCACACGCGCGUGGUUCUUGUGGACGGAGAAAACGCUUUUGGGAGUGGCGUGAACACGGAUUGACGGCUUGACGAGGUGAAUCAUUUGAGCUCCGCUGGCUCUCCGCCGCCGGCCAGCCAUGUUCUGCACAACUUUGGGGGGGAAAAAAGACAUCGUCACAUAUUUAGUCUAUAAACAGCGGAGAGAGAGUAAAUUGUGUCAUCGCCUGUUGGUAUAAAAUUGCUUGACUUCGCGCGCGUUUUAGAGGUGGUGGAUUGUCCGGUUAUAUUGCAGCCUUUAUCGAUUUAAAUACGAAGGCUGAGUGAACAUGGGUAAGAGGAAUAAAAGUGCCUUCCAUGAUGCAUGCUUUAUAUAAAAAAAAUGGUUUAAUCAUCUUAAGAUUUUGAUGGCCUGAAUUGGGGGGGGGGGGUGGGGGCUUUGCGUAGAGAUAGCGGCCCUGCUAAAUAAAGUACACUGCGUGUAAUCGUGAACAUUGUUGCGUUGAAGAGCAAUAUUAUAUAAAAAAAAAUUGAAACAAUAAAAAUCCUAAUGCAAUAAUGUGCAAAUAUAACUUGAUAUAGGUAUAAUGCUGUGCAAGUUUUUUUUUUUUACUAUGUUACAAAUAUCGGUUAACUAUAGCCUUAAUACAAAACGGCCGCUUGGGUUGCUGGCUCAGUAGGGCUUUGCGUGGUGGUGAUCACAAAGUGUGUGGCCUGAUGCAGGAGCAGUGCUGCCACAUUGGAUGGAUGUGCGGUGAAAAGUCCCUUUCAACAUUUUCAAAGCAAAUUGAUUGACUCUGCGGUCUUCACAUUUGUAUGUUAACUGCAAAAAAUGGAGAAGAAAUUAAUAAAUAAAACGCUGGGAUCUUGCAGAAACCCUUUUAUUCACCAGACCUUGGAUCCCUGUCGCUACCCACAUUUUCCACCCACGUGAUAAAUAUUUUCCGCAGUUCAAAUCAUUUUCUUGCUGGGGAAAGCGGUUGUAUUGAUGAGGUGGAUGCGUCGUUUGAGAAGCAACACGGAGUUGACAUCGGCAGGGAAUUCAAUCAUUGGGAUCGUCCAUGAUGGACCCAAGUGCAUUACACUGCAUAGAAAACGAAAGUUUUAACCAGUGGUGUAGAGUAGCGUGGUUCGCAUGGGCCCUGGUGCAAUGAUUGUAAUGUGUGCGGGGGGUGCCUACGUUCAAUUUCCGCUGUGUAGCCUGGUGUCUGGGCCCCGGACACGCAAUCGCCAUCCCACUGCAUUCAACGAGCUCCUUCACUGCUUUGUACAUCCGGCCACACGGACUUUCUCAUCGCCCUUUGUAUUGCCAAGGGCACCAGUGGAAGGAGCCACGUGCCGGUGUUGUACCUUCACGUGUAGACGUUCGCACGAAGGCAGCGACAUUGCGCGGUGACGCCCGUUGCGUCCUGCGAUUCAAGGUUACUACAGGGUAGCUUUUGUUUGUUUAAAUGAGAGGAAAACUUGUUUAGAUGCGUCUGCAUGCAUCGGCUGCAGAUACACACAUUUACCUCUCUUUCCAUUGUAAAGCCGCGCUGUGCCGUGGGCCGUGCCGAGCCAGCGCGGCUCGGGAGGAGCCCGGUUGUUUUUCCACUGCGGGAAGACGAGCUGUGUCGCCGAAGUCGCACGCAGUGUGUGAUGUCGGAGACGCGCCGCGCGGGUGAAGCGGUGACGGCUGUGUCCUUCGGGUCUGCUGGCUUGCAUCAUGCACCGUUGAAAAUGAUUGACCCCCCCCCACCCACCCUUCAUCCAGAGCCACAUUCGGAUGUGGGUUUUUUUUGUUUCGGGCUGGCGUAGAACGGUUUGGUUCCAGGCUCGGCUCUGUAUAUAGCCAGUGGAAAUCCACCCGUGUACCGCGAGCACUCCGCACUGGUCCGGCUCCGAUGUGCCAGUGGAAAAGGGGAAUUUAUCGCCACUUUCCUCUAGCAUAGCUUGCGUUGCGGAAAAGCCUCGUGGCCGUGAUUUUUAGGAUGGAAGCUUUUUGGAUUUUUGAAUGUUUACCUACAUUGGUGUUUGUUCCCCCCCCUCCUCCUCCGCUAGGCUAUGAUUGUCCUAAAUGCGCUUCAUUGUAAUCUAUGCAGUUUGUUAUGCAAUAUUGAAUUGUAGUUGACUUGUGUAAGUUUCGAACGGGGGUUAAAAAGUGCAAAUGUGAAUGAAUAUGGGUUCAUGAUUUAAUGAAUUAACUGAAUUGGGUGGUGAUGAUGAUGGCACGACUUGCUUUAAUUCCAAUAAACGAGCAAAGUAAAAGACGGCUUAAGAAAAUUGGCUACCGAUGUGGAUUUUGUAUUGACCACAGAUUGGCUACCAGUGCCUUCAUUUCACGCCUGUUGCGUUACAAUCGGCACUUUUGUGUGUACCACUGUGGCUGAUGGUUGGCACCUCUUCCACAAAACCAAACUCCGCGCACAUAUGUCUCUGGAAUAAAGUUCGACGCAAUUGCCACCAGAUUUCAGUACCCGAUACACGGAUGCCUAUUCGCAAACUGUCCGGGUCAAGCCCAGACAUGUGGCUACACCAGCUGCAUAUGCUCAACAAUUCUGCUAGGCACCGGAGGUGCAACUAUGGGGUGUGUGUGGCAGAGUUGUAACGCAUAUGUGGCCCAGUUGGCCACAAGGGGGGGGGCUACGAAUCAACAUAAGUAAGAAAAAUUAAGAAAAAAAAUUCCAACAGUUAACCAUAAAUGCCCAAAAAAUACAUUGUUACAAAUGAACCAAAAAUUUAUUUUUGAAAAACAGCGUAAAUAUAGUCGCGCUGCUGAUGGUGUGUUACUGAGCACCAGGCUGUUAUGCGAACUGACAUGCUCAUGACAACGAGACGCAUGAUAACUAACUUGUGAUUAUUGUACCCUUAAAUAUUGUAUUAAUACUGCCAAUGUGAGACUGUCUUUCCUACAAACCCAAUACACGAUGCAACUAAAAUAAUAUAUCUAAUUAUAGCCGUCAUUGUAUACGGCUUUUAAAUAAUCCGUAGCGAUUUCGGUAAAAGAGAGUCGUCAUGAGAAAGGAUGGGUGGGGGGGGCACAAUCGUAUCUUGAAUAGCCCCCGUUGAACUUGUAUCGUGCCCACCAGGGGCGCAAGGACCUGACUCGGUUAAGCAGAGCUGAAGUCUCGUGUUGGGAAUUUCUGUACGAUCUGUGGCGGGUUACUCAAAACCACUCGCUCAAAUCCAGUCUUGGUUUUAAAUGUUACUGUGCUGUGUACGGCAGAGGUCGCAAACGGGUUUUGAUUCCUUACCCGUACCCGGCCGCACCAGGGUCGCAAACGGGUACCCGUACCCGGCCGUACCCUACCCAUACCCGGCCGGGUACGGGUAGGGUACGGGUAUCGGGUACCUGAUUGCGACCUCUGGGAUGAAGCCAUGUUGCAGGCGCGGGUGGGUUGAUUCUAGGAACUGGAAUUGUGAGAAGAGACAAGACGUUGGGAAAUGAGUGACAAACAGUUACUCACCAGUGACUCACGGCCUACCUGUACCCGGCCGCACCAGGGUCGCAAACGGGUACGGGUAGCCGGGUAUCGGGUAGGGUACGGGUAUCGGGUACCCGGUUGCGACCUCUGGUGUACGGACGGUUCGGCUUUCACGAUCCAUAACUUUCGUAUGAAACUAAACUCUGCCCACAGAUUCGACAAUUGCACGAUGACCUUUGGCACUUCUGGUAGAAUGUCUAUGUGUAGCCAUUGGCCUGUAUGAACGUCUAAUUGGAAACAGCGUAAUUUGUCCCUUAACUUCUUUUGCCGGAAUUGCUUUGCCAGUCACUGCCUUUUGCUUUCAACCUGACCAUUGCCCUUGGCGUUUUCUGUGGGGAGUUUUUUGUUUGUGUGUUUUGGUACGCGUGCUAUAAUUCAGUGGGAGGAAAAGUGUUUGCUACUCUCAGUAUGCCACCCACAAACUGUGUGUGAAGUGUGUAUCGGCUCGUAGUUGGGGGAGAUGUGCCCAUCAGCUUUUCAUAGCCCUGUGCCUCUGCCUCCUGUCCAAUAGGCCUCUGGUGCAGUUGCACAGCCUGCACACUCGAUAGCGUUGCCACUUGCUCAUUGAAAAUCCACUUGAUUGUCACUCGCGUGCGUAUCAUUGGUCAGGCUUACUAUUGCUCCCAAUGUUUAAUUUGCAUGUGGUUUAAAGACAUUUGUUAAAACCCACACACCCCGCUGUGUGGGCCCUGUGUGGAACAUGUUGGGCUAUAGGUUGACUGCCACUCUUGCUGGUGUAUGUACAUAUUCAUCUUUGAUUACCAAGGGCACAGAGGCCACCAAAUGCCGCUUUGACUCUAUCGAUGUGAUUUAGAGAGAGCGAGAGGAGAGAUAAAUAUAGCACACUGGGAAGCAGCCAUGGAAGGUUAUGUUAUUUAGCCUUGUAUAUUGUUUGUAAUGUACCAAAUAAGAACACGAAUGAACAAACCAACAUUUAUCUCAAGAGUAUUUACCCAUAAAGAAAGCCUAUAGAGAAUGUUGCUCGCGAUUCACUUUGUGGCGUACGUUACUAUCUUUUCGUUGUUCAUUUAUCGUGUAACCAAAACUAUAUUGCCAUAUUGAUACACACGCAUAAACACGGCGGAAUGCGUAAUGAUGUUAUGUCUCGCUGGUGGUCUAUAAACACAGCUCUUGCACGGCCUAUUAAGUGGUUCUUUUUAAAACAAGACGACUGACGCUUUCCUACGGACGAUCACUCCAACGGCGUGUGCUAACAUCAGUAUGGAACCCUAUGUCCGUGAUGCAGUCAUGUUUAGUCUGUUGAUGGUCGGCGAUGCGGCAAUCGACUCAUCUCGACGAGCUGUACAUGAUGCACCACUACGGUGCGUACGGACGUUCAGGGUUUCAGGCGCAAUCUUCCCCGCUGCGUUUCGACGUCGCGGAGUAGCACUGAUUUCGGAUUGAUUGGUACCCCAGUCGCGGAGUGAAGUACACCCCUGGAGAAAAAUAGUGUCACAGAAAUAAAAUAUUUUAUUGCCUCGA